AUGCAUAAAGUUUUUCUUAAACAUGGUAUGGCUUUUGUACCUGAAAAAGAAUUAGCUGGAUUAUGUUUUGGUUACUUCAAGGAAAAUUUAGCAGCAGGUUUAGAAUCCAUACCAAUAGUUGCAGAAGAUGCAAUAAAUGAUCCUAGAAUCAAUAAAAUCUUUAACAUGUUAACUGAGUAUAUCGAAUCUGAAAAAGAAAUAAUGAAAAAAUACAAUGGCCCAUCGUUAUCAGAAUUGGACGAUGUGUCAAAAAAAUCUUAUCCGUUAUGUAUGAGAAUAAUUCAUGAAAUAUUAAGAAGAGAUCAUCAUCUUAAACAUGGAGAACGUAAACAGUACAGUUUAUUCUUAAAAAGUAUUGGAGUUACUGCAGAUGAUGCUAUGGAACUUUGGAAAGAAGAAUUUACAAAAAAAAUAAGUGAAACAACAUUUGAAAGAGAAUAUGGAUAUCGAUUAAGACAUAUAUAUGGUGAAGGAAAUAUACAGAAAACUUACAGUAGUUAUAAAUGUUCAAGUAUUAUCAAUUUUAAUAUAAAACCAACAGAAUCUUAUGGUUGUCCAUUUAAGCAUCUAACAGAUGCAUUACUUACAGAAAAAUUAAAUGAGUACAAAUUUGUACCUGGAGAUAUUGAAGAUAUCAUUACAAAUAUAUGGCGCAGUUUAGCGUCACUUCUGUGCUCUCAUCAUAAUCCUAAGAUAGCACAAGAGACCCAAGUGAGAUCAUGUUAUCGUAUGUUCGCCGUUAUUCAUCUGCCUAAAGUACCGACGAUCUUCAAGCCAAGCCCUUGUGACCUUUCCGUAGUCCGUGGUGACCUUCAAACGAAUUUGAGCGUGGAAAUCUGCGGCUCGUCGUCUAUCUGA